UGUAACUGCUCAGGUUGUGAAAGAGAGAGAGAGAGAGAGAGAGAGAAAUGGGUGGACGACGGAAAGUCCCUCUGGAAAUCCCCUUGACGGGCUUUUUUUUCUCUUUUUUUUUUUUUUAAUACACAGCGCUCGGGGUGGCGUUGACUCUUUAGAGACGCUUUGUCGGCUGAGGGGACUCGAACACAGACCUGAUAGUAAGAGACGGCUGAAUGGCGCCGAGCAGUGCUGCGGUGAAGCUGAGUGAAGUGGCUGAGGGAGGACUUGCCUGAGCAUCCGGGAGGGCUUUGUUAUCAUAUUAGCCAGUUCCUGCAUUAUUGGGUCAUCGCUGAUUGGUGCCUCCUCCUCUCCUCCUCCUCGUUCCUCUUCAUCCCCACCUUCCAUCCAUCUGGCCACUCAUCCGCCAUGUCGCAGGGUCAGAACUUCCUCCCCAAAUUCCUGUUCGUCUCAAACCUUUUGAAAGCAAUGAAGAUCCGUCAGCGUGUUCCCAAUGAUGUAGUGAAGCCGACUGCCAGUGGUGGGCUGAUGCACCACCUGCGUGGUAUGCACCGAUACACGCUGGAGAUGAUCGCCAUGAACCACUUCCCGCAGGCAUUCAGGGAGGUUGUGCAGGCUGCAAUUCUGGACCGAGCCAUGCAGGCCUCAUUGGAGCAAGAGAAGAAACUCAACUGGUGUCGCGAGGUCAAAAAGAUGGUGCCCUUGCGUACUAAUGGAGAUGGGAACUGCUUGCUCCAUGCGGCCUCCCAGUAUAUGCUGGGCGUUCAGGACACAGACCUGGUGCUUCGGAAGGCCCUCCAUGGCGUUUUAAAAGAGACUGACACCGGCACCUUUCGCGCUCGCUUUCAAGCAGAGCUGCUCCAAUCGCAGGAGUUCACCCAGACUGGCCUUCGAUACACCACCAUGAACUGGGAGGAUGAGUGGGAAAAGAUAGUGAAGAUGGCAUCUCCAGUCUCCAGCAGCAACGGUCUCCAGUUUGACUCUCUGGAGGACAUUCACAUCUUCAUCCUCGCCAAUAUUCUCCGCAGACCCAUCAUUGUCAUUGCAGACCAGGUGGUCAGGAGUAUGAAAUCUGGCUCCUCCAUCUCUCCUCUGAAUGUGGGUGGUAUUUAUCUGCCACACUGGCCACCCACUGAGUGCUACAAAUACCCGAUUGUGCUCGGCUACGACUCACAGCACUUUGCUCCCCUCAUCACCAUCAAAGAUAGUGGUCCAGAGAUCCGAGCGGUACCUCUCAUCAAUCCGGGGCGAGGAGGCUUUGAGGAGCUGAAGGUCCAUUUCCUCAUGGAGAAGGAACAGCAGCAGAAAGACAGACUUCUCAAAGAUUACCUACUCCUGAUAGAAAUCCCAGUCAUCGGCUUGGGCUAUGAUGCGACACGCAUCAUCAACGCCGCACGCUUGGAUGAAGGAAAUCUUCCUGAAGACAUGAACCUAAUGGAGGACUAUCUGCAGCUGGUCAACCAUGAGUACCAGCGAUGGCAGGAGGACAAAGAGCAGGCGUGGGCCGCACAGCCACAGCGCCCGCCACCUUUCUCCGUGUCCCAGCUCUCCCUUAUUGAGAUCCGCUGUGCCACACCACGCUGCACAUUCUAUGUGUCUGUGGACACACAACCCCAUUGUCACGAGUGCUUUGAGAAGAGACAAGCCACUACUGGGGGAGGAGCGAGGAUAGAAGGCAUGGUUCAGACAAAGGGAGGUGUACAAAGUGGGGCAGGCAGAUCGGACACUGAGGGGAGCUCCAGAGGAGCCAGAAGCAGCAGCCCCCCAACCUCCUCUUCUGGGAGAGGGGUGGUGUUAUCCAGCCCCCGCUCAGCUCCACCCACUGCACCCAGCCUCAGUCUCUACAGCGAAACACACGCCAUGAAGUGCAAGACCCCUGGCUGCCUCUUCACCCUUAGUGUGGAGCACGAUGGACUUUGUGAACGCUGCUUCAACUCCAGGCAGAACCAUGGACCCCCUGGAGCUGGAACGGCUGCUACAGGACUUCCAGGCCCCAAUGGGGGGUCUGUAGUCCCCCACCCGGCCCAGAGCUCUGGCUGGACACAGUGGGGAGGCCGUGAAACUGAAACAGAACGCUGCAGCAUGUGCAGACAGGAGGCAUUCAGGAUAUUCAACGGCCUUUGUCCACCUUGCAUGCAGAGACAGCAGGCUCCAGAAAGGGGCGAGCCACAGCAGAGCAACCAGACUGAGGCCUUGUCUUCUGCCUGGUGCCAGGCCAGAGACACUGAGCGACCGUGCCUCACAUUAACCCCAGGACACACUUCAGCCUGGCAGGCUCCUCUGGCUCGGCCUUGUAAAAGGUCUGGCUGCCAGUUCUUUGGGACUCCAGAGAAGUUGGGGUUCUGCACUAUUUGCUACGUAGACUAUCAGACCAAUCACCACCUGACUCCUCCCCCUGCACCGGUCCAGAACCGACACGGUUUGGAAGCAGGCUUCCAGAAUGCCUCACGGUGUCGUGGGUCUGGCUGUGGUGCAGUUGGCAAGGCAAUGCUUGAGGGCUACUGCGACAAGUGCUACGUCAAAGAGCAAAGCACGCGGCUCAACCAAGUGGCACAUCGCACACCACACUCCCCUCCUCUGGUCAUGCGUGACCGAGCAGCCAAGCCCAGAUCGUCACAGCAAUCACAGACCCAGACCCAGUGCCGGCGGAGUGGCUGCAGCAACGUGUCUCCGGGCUGCACGGACCUCUGCCCAGAGUGCCACACACGUGGCCAGGGUAGGGAGGGGGGCAGGAGGGCGCAGGCGCCCAAGGAGAAGUCGAAACAACGGUGUCGAACGCAGGGCUGCGACCACUACGCCAACCAAGAGAAACAGGGCUACUGCAACGAUUGCGACCACUUCAAACAGAUUUACCGUGGCUGA